GUAUUCGGAUGUUUAUUAAAUAAUAAGUUCAGUGCACUUUUAUCAUAAUUGAUAUUUUUAGUAAAAAAUUUAGCGACUUUUAUGACAAACAUGCCUGUCGAUCAAAUUCAGUAUUCCGAAAGAUACACCGAUGAUAAUUAUGAGUACAGGCAUGUAAUUCUUCCAAUUGAUUUAGCGAAGCAUGUACCUAAAACACACUUGAUGUCAGAAACUGAAUGGCGUAAUUUAGGCGUUCAGCAAAGUCCUAGGUGGGUUCAUUAUAUGAUGCAUAGUCCAGAACCACAUGUCUUACUUUUUCGGCGGCCAAGAAUUCAGAGAGGAAAACGUGUAAUGUAAUAAACUAAUUUUUAUGUAAA